UUCCACAGUGUUGUAAUGGUUGGAUCGCUAAAGAGAAUUUGAGGACACGGCGUCUUUAAAAGGAAGCGCUUUCUUGUGAAUGAGUACAAAGUACAGUGGGAGGGGUUACGAUUUCUUUUAGAAAUCUUGGUAAAUAAAUUUUAUCUUCCGUUAUCUCGCCGACGUGUGAUCAGAGCGUUACUUGAAGAUCAUCAAAACCGAACAAGGCCCGGUAAUGGCGUAUCAGUUCAAGUGCCUGGCAGAGAACGACAGCAGAUACCGCCAGGCUUUCCAGCUGUUUCUGGAGCGCUCCUCCGAGCACCAGUGCAUGCUGGACUUCAUCCAUGGCAUUCUGCCCGACAUACUGGCCAGCAUUGGAGAAGGGAAGUCCACUCUGAAUGUGAUGGGCGUGGGGAGUGGAGCUGGUGAGAUAGACCUGGAGAUGCUGAAUCAGCUGCGUCUGAAACACCCAGGGGUGAAGGUGGACAACGAGGUGGUGGAGCCCAGCACUGACAUGCUGUACAACUACAAGAUGCUGGUUUCAAAGACCCCAAACCUUGAGCAUAUAAACUUCACCUGGAACAAGAUGACAGCUUCUGAAUUUGAGAAGCACUGGAGAGAGAAAAACAUUACCAAAAAAAUGGACUUCAUCCACAUGAUUCAGAUGCUGUAUUACGUUGCUGAUCCUGAUGCCACUGUCUCAUUCUUCCGGAGUCUCUUGAACAAGAAUGGAAAACUUCUUAUCAUUCUAGUCUCUGGUGAGAGUGGGUGGGGAAAGCUGUGGAGGACUUACAGGGCACAGCUGUGCUUCACUGACAUAAGUCAGUGUGUGACCACAGAGGACAUCAAGAGCUUCCUCGACGCCAAGGGCAUCAAGUACAAAAACUACCUGCUCCCCUCUCAGAUGGACAUAACCGAGUGCUUCACAGAGGGGAACGAAAAGGGGGAGCUUCUGCUUGACUUUCUGACCGAAGUGUUAGACUUCAGUAAAAUGGCGCCCCCUGCCCUGAGAGCGGGAGUGCUGGACUUACUGCGCCAGCCGGUCUGCAGCACUGAGGUGGACGGAAAGGUCAUAUUUAACAACAACCUGGAGGUUAUAGUUCUGGACCCUUAAACUGGACAGAAGGACACACACGCACACACAUAUGCGCGCACGCACACACACACGUGUGUGUGUGUGUGUGUGUGUGUGAGUGUGUGUGUGUGUGUGCGCGUAUGUGCUCCAUACAUCCAUACCACUGGGAGACUCCUAUGAAACAAACUGUAAUACACGCUGCAUAAUCCUCUUUAGGGAACAUUAAAUGUUUGGAACAUGAAGCUGCUGUAAGACGGUGGUGCCCAGGAAUAAAGUCAUGAAACAACAUGUGUAAUUGUUUUAUUUUUUAAAGCACUGCCUGGAUUUGUGCUGUAUUUCAUUUUUUUAAUAGUUUGGUUGUAGUAAUAAUCGUGUUAUUAUUACGUACGUACGUACACCACCUCAGAAAUCGCCUUCAGUAUUUUGAAGGUACAUUGUAGAGAAAUAGAGAAUAACAU